CACUCACUCCGCCGCCGUCACUGCCACAACUCCACCCCAACUCCGCGCGCGCGAGAGAGGAUCGAGAGCUACCGCCCGGAUCCGGCGUCCGCAGCCGGAUCGCCGCCUCUCCUCCCGGCUGAGGUCGCCACCACUCGUCUGAGGCGGAUCGGGAACUCCCAGCCCGCGACCAUGGCGGAGGCUGCAGGGCCGACGCCUCUCCACGGCCUCCCGGACGAGAUCUCCAUCUGGGAGAUCCUCGUCCGCCUGCCCCCCAAGCCCCUCCUCCGCUGCCGCGCCGUCUGCCGCGCCUGGCGCCGCGCCACCUCCGCCCGCGACUUCCUCCUCGCCCACCACGCCCGCCAGCCCUCCCUCCCCCUCCUCUUCGUCGACAGCGACGACCAAUCCUCCAUAGACAUCAUCACAUGCGACCAACGCGCAGCCGACAAGCUCCACUCCGUCGCCCGACUUGAUGCCCCCUCCGGCAUCUCUCUCAGGGCAUGCUGUGACGGCCUCCUCCUCUUACGCACCUGGAAUAAUGGUGUCCCAUCUCUCUCCAUCUGCAACCCGGUCACUCGUCAAUAUGCUCCCCUCCACCGGCUUGAUGACUUCAGGCUCUUGGGGAUGUACCCGCACAGCCCUACCGGCCAGUACCGAUUAUUGUUGUACCUGGCCCGGAGGUUCGAGGGCGAUCCUCAAAGAGGUUCCUACGUCUUCACAUUGGGCUCCGACCAGCAGCCGAGGCACAUAGCAGGCCCUGAUGCCAAGGAACUCUUGUAUUUCCGCGGAUCUACCCUUUUCCGUGGUAGCCUGCAUUGGCACACAGACGGGCUGAUAAUGGUAUUUGACACCACCACCGAGUCGUUCCGUCAGAUGCACUCUCCAAUUGUUUCUGACCAUCACAAUGGCGACCUGUUUGAGAUGAGUGAUAUGCUUGGCAUGUUCAGUCUGAAUGCACAAGCUACAAUUGUUGAUAUCUGGGUGAUGCAGGACUAUGAAGGUGAGGUCUGGGCCUUUAAACGCCGGGUUGAAUUGCCCAUCGCAGAGAUCAUGGUGCAAUUUCAAAAUUCUGGAGAUUGUUGGGAGCUAAUGCCCGCAUCUUGUCAUGGUGAUGUGCUCUUGCUGGCCAAAUUUGACGACGACUGGCUACUUCAGGUUGACAUUGAUGGCAAGUUGGUUGCUAGUCUCCACCGCAGCUUCCUCCGUCCUGCUCGACUUCGGCUCAAACAGUCUCUAGUUUCACAUAACCUGUUUCUGGCACUAGAGGGUUAUGUUAUCAAUUCUUCGCCUUUCAUCUGACCGAAGGUUGUUGAGUGUGGUGGUGCUUCUUAAUGCCUAGCUCUCCGUAUCCACGUGAGCUGCAGUAUGUAUUAACUUGAUCCUCUAUGAGCGCACUAGCUUUCUUUUGUUGAUGUAUAAAUUGUUAUGAUUAAGAAGCUCUGGCUGUUACGGUGUUACCUGUUUGCUUUAUAUUUCUUUGAAUACCCUUUUGGGCUGAA